AUGGUGUCGAGUCACGAUACAGAAGUGGAUGGAAUCACUGCAUUCUCGACAUCGCCUGCGACGUCUUAUCGCUACAUCCUCCGACUCAAAGACGACAAAUUGAGUAUUUGGAUGGAAGACCGAACCUGCAAAAAGCAAUGGUCUAAGAGCGGGAUGAUCAAAGAAGACUACGUGACAUCGGCCAAUGCAAUUGCAGAUGCAUCGGCGAUCGAUUACUUGAAGCUGUUCCAAGACGCACUUGAUGGUGAACCGGAUGAGUCGGGCGAUGCCCACUGCACGUUGGAAAUGCUGAGUGGGGAUGCUUGUCAACUGGUGGUUAGCGUCAAAUUUCGCAUUCUUCGCUCAGUGAGAGUGGUGAAGUAUACGUUUGUCCUGGAGCCUGUAUCAGUGGAGCGAAUCGAUGUGUUGAAAUCCAAAAUGCGCGACCAGCAGGAGGAAUUGAAGCGAGUGCAGCAAAAAUGUGCCACACAUAUACACCUUGAAGCUUUAACAAAAAAUGACAAAACUAAUAAGCUGCAGUGGAGCGAUCCCGAUUCGUAUAACUUCGCGUUGGAUCAUGAAACUGGCGAGAUCUUGAUUCACCGACCGGGCGUAUAUAGCGUUACAAUUGUGGUGAAGACUGGCACAAAUCAAACGGUCUAUUUUUGGAAGAACGUUGAGGACAUCUUUUCGGUGAAACUUUCUAGCAUUUUUAGUUUCAAGGCUGCUUGCACUAUUGUCUGUUUUCAUGCGAACGACAGACUGUCUGUUACGGUCGACUUAUGGACGACUGGCCCUUGUAACCUUUUGAUCGAGCAGAUUGGACGCUAA